AAGUGGCGAUUGCCAUAAAGCUGAAUAUUCAGCCUGCGCUCAUAUGACCGUCUUUCGGAAAUGAUGCUGUGGCCGUUGCUCUUUUAUCUGUUUACACCGUCUGGUGUUUUUGCCGGACGAUAUUUUAACGACAAUGAACCGUGUUUCAAACCUCUACCAAGGAGAGGUCGACUGGGAAUUAAGACUGUGCCACGUUUUCAUGAAUAUAUGAACGUUGUGGAGCUGCCUACAGCCUGGGACUGGAGAAAUGUCAACGGGACCAAUUUUGUCAGUACUACUCGCAAUCAGCACAUCCCCCAGUACUGUGGAUCCUGUUGGGCUCACGGUAGCACAAGCGCACUUGCAGAUCGCAUUAACAUCAAGAGGAAGGGAGCAUGGCCAUCUGCAUAUCUCUCAGUCCAGAAUGUUAUUGAUUGUGGGCAAGCUGGGUCCUGCCAUGGGGGUGAUCAUUCAGGUGUGUGGGAGUAUGCCAACCGCCAUGGCAUCCCUGAUGAAACGUGCAACAACUACCAGGCCAAAGACCAAAAAUGCAAGCCAUUUAAUGAGUGUGGCACAUGCACUACAUUUGGCCAGUGCAAUGUUGUGAAGAAUUACACUCUCUGGAAGGUUGGAGACUAUGGAUCCAUCAGUGGCCGGGAGAAGAUGAAAGCCGAGAUUUAUUCUGGGGGACCCAUCAGUUGUGGAAUAAUGGCUACUGACCAACUGGAUGCAUACACUGGGGGUGUAUACUCUGAAUAUGUACAGGAUCCUUUUAUUAACCACAUUGUGUCUGUGGCUGGCUGGGGUGUUGAUGAGAAUGGAGUGGAGUACUGGAUUGUUCGUAACUCCUGGGGUGAGCCAUGGGGUGAGAAGGGCUGGUUAAAGAUUGUGACUAGUGCUUAUAAAGGUGGCAGUGGGAGCCAUUAUAACCUGGCACUUGAAGAAGACUGCAUGUAUGGGGACCCUGUCUUGCCAGAAAAAUACACACAUUGAUCUGGAGAACAGCGGAAGCACCCAGAUUUGAUUUUGCCUGCAACAGUUAACUAAAUCUACUUAAUUCAAUUGAUUUUAGGCAUUGAAUGUCUGUGUACCUACUGACAUUACUGCAAACGACUGUGCUGUCUUUUUUUUUUAAUGUAGUAAAAUUAACCAUACACCAAUUAUGCUACAGCUAUAUCAACAUGACUUUCAAAUUUUUUUUCAAUUGACCACUGUAGAAUAUUGCAUGUUCAACAUGGUCCCGAGAAGUGAUUUUAAAUACAGAUGCACUAAACUGUUUACACAAGUUGUAGAUUCAUAUGUUUUAACAAUCACACUUUACUUUCUUACAUAAUUGAGUCCAGGUUUUGCUUCUUUACUACUGCCAGCAUUUGCCCAAUAAUCUCUCUGCUACUUCACAGCAACCUGAGGACAUGUUUUUUUUUGUUUGUUUGUUUUUUUUGAUUGAAAAAAGGUCAUCAUAGAAAAUAAAUGGGAUGAUCAAAAUGG